UUACGUGAACGUAACGCAUAUAUGGUGCUCCUGCUAGCCUGCGUUUUUGCUGCUGGUCUAGGACGGUCUCUUGUUGUGGAAAUAUGGCUGCCUCUACAUCGGAGAAGCCACAGCGCAAUAUUACAAACAAUGAACACGGUGUCGACGAGACACUGUCGAAGGAAAUAAUAAAGCCUGAUAUCGCAGAGCUGACCAAAGAGGUGCGGACCAAUAUCCUUUGCACUGUUGAAGGAUGUGGAAAGAUUCUUCCUAAUUCGCCAGCCCUCAACAUGCACCUUGUCAAAUCACACAGAGUGAAGGAUGGCAUUGUCAACCCCACUGUAAGAAAAGACUUGAAAGGGCCACAGAAACUCUACUGCUGUCCAAUAGAGGGAUGCCCAAGAGGACCAAACCGACCCUUCUCACAGUUCUCACUCGUCAAACAGCAUUUCAUGAAGAUGCACACUGAGAAGAAACACAAGUGUGUGAAGUGCAGCAACAGCUACAGCACAGAAUGGGACCUCCGCAGACACACAGAGGAUUGUGGGAGAACAUACAGCUGCACCUGUGGCUGCCCUUAUGCAAGCCGUCCAGCACUUUUGUCCCACACCUACAGAACGGGUCACGAGAUUCCAGAUGAGCAUAGGUAUCCUCCUGUGAAGAAAAGGAAAAUGGAGCGCAUGAUUGCUGCCACGGCCAAAGUCAAAUCCACAGAGCAGAUGUGUCCGAUAACUGGAUCUGAAAGAGAACUUUCAGAGGGAGCCAUCCCCACUGAAGGAGCCUGGCAGACUCAUGAUACUGCAAAGCAAAGUUCCAACCCCCUGAACACACAGAAGCUUCUGCUGCCCAAACCCAAAAUGGCCCUCUUCAAUGUUCCUGUGAUGCAGCUUGCCCAGAUUCCUGUGCUCCUUCCUUCAGCAGAUAACAGUGCCUUAAGGUCUGUCGUUCUGGCUUUGGACACGCAAGGCUCCUUAAGCACCGUCCAACUUCUCCCCCAGUCUUUCGGAACGGUUGUGCCAGCACUUAACGCAAAGAAUUUGAGCUUCAAAGACACAGUGCCAAUAUCCAGGGCUGUCUCUGGUGUUGUGAGCACUGGGGUUCAAGUGAGCCUGGAUACCACAGUAUCUCACGGGGACCUGGUCUCAGGACUAUCACUUAGAGGUAAGAGCACCUCUACAGACAUUCAGACAGACAUUUCAUACCUCAAAAAGGGACCUUCUGCGGAAGGGACUGUGGUUGUGAGCACCAUGGGAGAGUCCUCAGUCUCCUCCUGUUCCCAGACAGACAUCAGUGUGAGCGCUCAGGUCUUGCUGCCGGUCAGCGUGCAGACCCAGACAUUCCCCUCACGGGCCAAAGCCACUUCAUCUGCACAGACAGAAAUUCACAAUCAACUUUCUUUCCAACCUUUUAACAUCACCAGGGAGACUCAAACCAAUUGUGUGAGCAUCCAAGACGAGAAGGUAACAAACCAAGCUGUGAUGUGUUCCGGGCUCUUUGAUUCCGAUUCACCUAGUGUCUCAACUCAGACUGUGUUGACAGACAUGCCAUUCCACACCACUAGUGUUGAAGACCCCCUAAGCACGUCCGCUUCCGUGCUCUACCAUGACAAGAAUGAUGAACCCAUUUGCUUUGGAGUCCAGACUGACACCCUCAACCAGAAUUCUGUGGCAGACAAUCAAACUCAGACCAUGACACUCUUCAACGACCUGGAGAAUAUUCUGUCGGGUGGCAUGGGAGACGGGGCAUUGGAGAGUGAUCAGACACUGUCCGCAUCAGUGGGCUGCGGUACGGGACUGGAACAUGUGCAGGAGAACAGCACAGGCAUUGACUUUGACUUUGAGGAGUUCCUGAGUGCUGCACACAUUCAGACACAGACUGAGGAGAGCGACCUGGGAGGCUUGAACGCAGAGACACCACUGGAGCUUCUGGACAUUGAGACACAAACUGACUUCCUGCUCCUGGAUAACCUCACAACCAGUGAGGUCGCCCGAACUCAGUCCAACGACUUGGAGCUGGAGAUGUUCGACACUCAGACACAGACAGACUUGAACUUCUUGCUCAACCCAAGUGGCCACAUGCCUCUUGGUAACAUUCUGAGACAGUCCAGCUUCAACAUCAGCACAGAGUCUUCUGACAAUGAGACUCAGACAGACAUUCGGCAAGCCGCCUUGGUGUUACCGUGCACUGAUAGCCAGGUGAGGCUAAGCAGCACAGAGACUCAAACAGUGACAAGCUCCUUCGACAGUCUAGGCAACCUGUUCCUUACGAGCAACGAAACCCAAACGGUCAUGGACGAUUUUCUGUCAGCGGACCUAGCCUGGAACAUGGAGUCUCAUUUCAGCUCGGUAGAAACACAAACCUGCGAGGAGCUGUACUCUCUUUUUCAACACUCUGAGAAACCCAACAGCUGAGGGUCCAGGCCCCCUGUGGUGGCUGAAAUUUAGAUGCGAAAGAAACUGGUCUCUGAAAUCUACCUUUUGUAGAGGGAGGACGGAGGGUCAGUGAAUUGGUGUUUGCUUGCAAACACUAUUGGAAGGCCUACAGGGCAGCACCCAGCCACACUACAUGCAUGUGCCCUCACUCAACUGGCAUUCCAAUCUGAGGUUGUGGGUGCUUGAAAAUAGGAUCAACUGGCAGCACUUUUUUUUGUUCUCUUCAUUUCAGGCAAUUUGCACAAUAACAGUGAUGUGUCAUCUUUACAGUCAGCACAUGCAUAAUUUCAAGUGUGUAUGAAAAUAAAUACUACAAACUACACAUUUUUGAAAGAACAACGCGGGAGGAAGGUAAUUAAGGUUCAAUGUCAGUUUAGGACAAGUUAACACUAACAGUUGCUUAAAUUAAAUAUGUAUAUUUCAGCCUUGCCUGUUGGUGACUGAUUUUGAUGCUGUGUCACCUGUAUGAAACUGCCCAUAAACUGAACUGGAAGAUUCUGUGCAUAACUAUGGGCCAAAAUAUGUUUCUUAACCAUGCCACUGCUCCUUAUAUAUUAUAUUUUGACUUGACUGUACAUUUACAGAAAACGUUUUGCAACCUGUGAUGUAAACUGUUCAAGUGUAUAACAUGUUAGCUAGAACACAAGUUUGUCACUGUGAAGAAAUGGUAACUGUGCUACUUUUGCAGGAUACAUAAACACGUUAAUUCCAAUUGACUGUUAGAAAUCCACAUGAUGGACACGAGAACGAGGCAAUUUCUUUUCAGAGUACAACUGUUUACAUUUCUUUCAUUUGUUCUUAAUGCUUACCCUACUACAGUACAUGGUAUAUAAGCUUUGAAAUGGCAUAGCACUACCUACAUUGAAUGUCUUUUUUUACAUUGUGUUGCUAAAUAUUUGCACGGUUAUAUUUUAUUUUUAGUUGGUGCCUUAUUUAUUAGAUGGCAAUCAAUGACCAUUUCUCUUUUAGGUGUUCAUUCUGAGAUGUAAUACACUAUUAUCUGUUAUGAACAAAACAACUUAUUUUGUUUUAACUUUUCCCCCAAAUAAUUGUUGAGCAAAAACUUUUUUUUUUUUUUUUUUGCUCUUGGGGAAAAAAAAUGACCAGCAUUCUAAA